AGCAACUCGUUUACUGGCAGCUUACAGCGAAGCAUUGAAGUCAAACUACAGGCCACCUCUGCCAUAACUUGAACCAACAACAGCAGCGUUCCGUUGUUUUGAUCACCUCUGGCGGUUCAAUCUCCAGGAAUAUAACGCAACCAUGGCCGCGGAGAAGAUUUCUCUAUAUAAUCUCGCAGAUUUAAAGAACACGACCGACGAUGCGAUCCCCAACUACCUCAACUCUCUAAAAUUCAAGCAGACACACUUCCUCAGCGAUGUACGGCUAGGGCUCGGGUACAGCGCAUUCCUCAUUGCUGCCGCUUGUUUCGCAUGGGACUACAAGCUGGGCUUUGAAGAUACCAAGUUCUACACAGCCAUCGCAGUGGCCGUCUAUACCGUUCUAAAUGGUGUCUUAACAUUCUGGAUGAUGUUUGUGGAGAAGGGCGUUAUAUAUCAGGGAAUCGCGCCAUCAGGAGAAAAGAUCACAGUAGCCAGCGCAACGAAGAAGCUGGACCCUACAUACAGACUCAGCAUCACCGUCACAGACAAGUCUUCCAAGUCACGGAUCAUCGAGGUGGCCAAGCCGUUUGCCUCCUUCUUCGACGAGAGCGGCUACUUUGUCGCUGCUCCCUUCCAGCAGAUUCUCGCCACUGCGGUUCCUGUAGUUGGCAAGGCUGACCCCAAGCGCAUAAAGUCGGAGUCUCAAGACAUGCUGAAUGCGAACCCCGAGCUCUUGGAUGCGAUUCUUGCUGCGAACAGUGGCUCAGCUACGGGGGCUGAAGCGGCGGAGGGCGGAAAGCGACGAAAGGCGUGAGCAAUUGGAUGGAUGGAGUGAUACCCGGGAUGGGAGUUGGGAAGGUCAAAAAUUUACUAUGAAAAAAAAUAAGGACACCAGCCCAAAUCAUAUCUUGUAAUCUAUUCACGACUGCCUCUAGUGUGAUGAGGCUUGUCAUGGGAUGUUAUGCGUAUAAGCGAAUUGCAUAAGGACAACGCAACAGUCAAGAUACAAAAUAAAAAGGCUGGAACUAUGGGGAAAAUGAUGCGACAUAGACAUCAAUGCUUGCAGACAGUUUGUUGACUUCUUUUGAUGCUACAGGCGAUGCUCGAAACGUAUAUCCCCUAUAUACUUUAGUAUCUAUCUGCCUAUCACCGCUCUAUGCGUGGGUAUACAUCGAAAGUAGCUGAUACCCAAGACUAUUCUAUAUGGCGUGUCUAGGCAGAAGCGAAGCUCAAAUUCCGAGUCAUCGGAUUAUGAAGACUUGACUGAAUAAAAG